UACUUACAGAUUUUUCCUGAUUCUUGAGUCAUUAUAAUUGUGUGUUUUAAACAUUAAGGAUAGUCGCUGUUUUGAUUACGAGUAAACAUUGAAUGUGAUUAACCUCUUUGUAGUUAAAUAUGAAGGGAAUAAUUUUACUAUCUAUUUCAAUUCUGUUGGCUGUGUGUUGUCAAGGUGAAUUUUACAUAUCUACGGUGGAAUCACAUUGGUCCGAUGCCUCUUCCCACUGUACAAUGGCUACUCCUUCAGUCACCUACAGGCCCACAGGCCAUUUGGACAUCUCGGGAAUAGAUAUACCAGAUAAGGAAUCUCUAUGGAUUGGUUACUACACAGUUGUUAGAGUUUUUGAAUAUCUUGACUGUGUAAAGCUUGACGAUUUCACAAUGGACAAACAGCUAAAAACUUUGAAUAUCAAAGGUAGUCCAAGCCAGUGCUUUCCGGGUUGCGGUAACACCUCGAUCAUUGGAGUCACGCUUUCUAAGUGUUUUUGUAUUGAAGAAAAUUAUAAUGAGGUGAAUAGAUUUAUGGAAAAGACCUGUACUACUCCAUGUCUUCAUCCUCGAGGCACAGCAUGUGGAUUGGAAAAUAAGAAUGGAUCAUAUCUGUCAGUGUAUAGGGUCAAUGAAAAUGCAACUCGGUUUUCGUUAACUGUCCCAAUACAUAAAGAUGAAAAAAAUUGUCUCGUUUUCAACCGAAGUUAUCAAUACUUCGCAUGGAAAGACUGCAGUCAGUCGUUUGAGGUUGGCUGUGAUACAGGACACAAGGCAUUAAAUGUGAAAAGGAAGAGUACAUGGCUCGAAGCUACAAAUAUAUGUUUCGAACACAGACUUUACCCAACGUCAUAUGAGACAUCGAAAACAAUUUGGAACUAUUCGAAAACUUCCUUAUGGACAAGACUUAUAAAGAGUCAACUUAUUCACAAACAUGCCGAAAUCAAUGAUGGUGUGGGCCUGCAUGGGGACACAGGGUUUGGUGUUUUGACAAAGACAUCUAAAGGCUAUUUACUAAACUUCAAGAGAGAUUCUGAAAAAAGAAGGAUUCUGUGCCAAGGGCAGAAACCUUCCAAAACCGAUAUUGAGCAAAUAAGUUACAGUGUUACAGUCAACAUAAUGAUAGCAGUCGUCAGUGUAAUUGCUGUGGCCAUUAUUGUCGUGGUGUUGACAGUGUUUCUGGUGAAAAAGCGGCGAACGAAUCAAGGAACACGUCUGACAGAUGUUGGAUACGUACCCGAACAAGCCAAUUACAUAACACCUAUUUCUGAUGAAGCAGUAGGAGGGAAAUACUCAUCAAUACAAGACAAUGGCACAGGAGAAACCAGUGAAGAAAUAGGAAUACAAAAUCUACAAAAGAUUGUUUAUGAGUCAUUGGGUGAACGGAACGAUGAGGAACCCGGCUAUGAAACAGCAAAUACAAAAAUGGGUGCUUAUGAGUCAUUAGGUGAAAGAAAAGAUGAGGAACACAGCUAUGGAACACCAAAUACGCAUAGGAGUGCUUAUGAGUCUUUGGGUGACAGAUGUUAUGUGGAACACGGCUAUGGAACACCAAACACACACAAAAGUGCUUAUGAGUCAUUGGGUGAAAGAUAUGACGAGGAACACAGCUAUGGAGCAUCUGCCCAAGCAAUAAGCGGAUUUUAUCAGCCAUUAGAAGAAGAACGGUUGGCCACGCACAACUAUAAAAUAGCUGGAAAGUCCAGGGUGUUAACAUAUGACUCGUUAGGAGAUAAAAUAAAAGGAACACACUGCGAUGAAACAUCAGGCCAAACAGCUAAUGUUAAACCUUAUGAAUGGGUUUAGUAAACCUACAAAAUGUACUCAUGAAAAGAAAUGCAAUACACAUUUACAUAUAUAUGUUAAGUUAAAGCAUUGGUGUAUAUAUACCUAUAACAAGCAUUUUUUUUCAAUUGUUUGUCAUGUGUCAUAUUUGCAAGUACUCGUUGUACAAUGUACGAAUUCAGACCAAUCAGAAAUAACUUCUAUAAAUCACAACAUACUUCUUUAGAUAGCACAAGAGUGCUAGGGUAUACAUAGGUAGACUGAUGAUAGUGAGAUCAUUCUGUAUUCAACGAUUGACGUAGGCACACCGGGGAUUCAACUAAUACAUUGUCCUAGUACCUUGUUAAGAAAGUUAUUGCAGCUACACCGUCAGGGCGGAUGAAUUAUAUAAAAGAAGGCAUUUGUCCUUCAUAGACGAAAAGAUAGUUGCGGUAUUGUAACUAGAUUUCAAUCUUUUGGAUUGAAGUAUAACUUUACGGGGUAGUCGAAUGCUGUAGACUAUAGUAAAUAUAGGCUGAGCAUUGGAAAACCGAAACAAAAAGGCACAUGGUUUUGGAUUCAAUCGAUUAAGAAAUAAAGCAACUAACAAAGAAAGUGAAACUAUUGGCAUUGCGAAGUUUGAAACGAAUCAUUUGCUCCUACUAAAUGAUGUCUGACAUUAUGCAAAAGAUAGGUAGAUUAUGCUUUGCCUGCUUUCGUAUUAAUGGGAGGCAUAGAAUACGCCUGUCAUAUAAUUGGUUACAUUUAUUUAUGUAAAGAUAAUUGAAACAACUAUUCUGUAUACUUGCAGGACGGGAGUAAUAUGUUUAUAAACAUGUAUGGGAGAUGAAAGAAACAUAAAGGCAAAUGAAAUGCUUUUAACAAAACAACAAUGAAAACAUUGCGUAGUCUAUUAUAUAACAUGUUAUUACUAUGUAGCUUCCAUUAUGCAUUUAUACUAUU